AUCCCCUUCUAAUUUAGCAGUCGGAAAACCAAACCCUAACCGAAGAAGGAUAAGGUCUCUAUGAAGGAGAGAAGUGAUCAAACCUCCUCUAACAGCUCCAAAAUGAAGAAGGAUGGUGUAAUAUUUGAGUUCUGUGAGGUGUGCAACCUCAAUCAUAAUCAAGGCAAUCGUCACAAGUACUUUCCCAGCCACGUCAAUUCACUAUCCUCAAUCAUCUCUCGAUUCCAUAAGAAGCUCUCCAACAUCCGCUCAUACCUGAAGAGUCCUGUCCCCCAUGGUUCCGAGAAUCGUGUUUGGUGCGUUUUCUGCAAUUGCGAUAUUGAAGAACUCCCCAGCUUCUUUGCCUUUGGCACUGCAAUUCAUCAUCUGGCGAGUGUGAGUCAUCUGAAGAACACCAAGAGUUUUUUGUGGAAACAUGGUGGUAAGAUGGAUAAGGUGGAUUCAUUGAGGAUUUUGGAAGCAGACGUAGUAAAGUGGGAGAAGAAGUGCAGAUUACUUAAAAGUGAUGGUGCAAAUGAAACGACUCAUGGACCUCUGAAUGAUAUCCACAAUGAAUUCUACUCUAAAUGUAUAGAUACUUUCAAUCAAAAUAUUAAUCAGUCAAUUAAUUCUAGUUAUAUGAAUGGUGUUUUGCCUUUACAAAAGAAUACGGAUGAGAGACAUCAGUUUACAGGCUCAGACCUCUCUUCAGUUAGAGACAAUCAGACUCUGUAUAUGAGCUCACAGUUUGAGAAAUUUCCAUGCAAUGCAAACUAUUUAACAGGUACAAGUAAUACUUAUGCUAGAAAAGAUUCCAUCAGUAUUGGAGGAGGGGUCCAUCUAGAUGGAGAAGCGGUAAACAGAGAGAUUGUAAAUCAAGGCUUGAAUAACCUAACUAAAAUCUCCAUCCCUCUACAACAACAAGAUGGUCAAGGAAAUGUGCACUCAGGAGCACCACCUCCUUGGUUUGAUCAUCUGAAUGUUGGACUAAAAUCUGAAAGUCGGUCAAGUGGUUCUCUUUCGAAGCAAGGAGGGAAAAGUAAAUUGAACCCAAAUCGAGUGGGAGCUGCUUGGGCAGAGCAACGAAAAAUCGAGAUGGAAAUGGAGAAAAGGGGAGAGAUUGUUUCCAGAGAUGUGGAUCCAAACUGGCUUCCAAAUUUUGGAAGUGUUUGGCAAUCAGGCACCCGGAAGAAAUCUAGAAAAGAAUUUGAGUCUGAAGAGAAGAAAAAAUCAACUAAUUAUAAAGUUGGUGAUUCCGAAUCUGAAGCGUCGAUUAAGAUUCAGCCAUAUGUUAGUAAAAGAAUGAAAAAUGACAGAGACGAGUGAUGUUUUGUUCUCAAAAGGAGAUUUGGUUUCAUCUACAAGUAAGGGCAUUAGAUGUAAUUCAUUCUAGAAAUAUUACAUCUUACAUUCAUCUCUAAUAUUAUAUCUAUUUGAAUGUUUU